GGCCACUACACUGAGCACGUCUAAUUUGCUGCUUCCUCCAGUGGGCGGAGUAGCAGCUCUGCGUGGCCGCACAGCGCUGCUCUCAGCUCGGCUCCGUGUUAUUGCCGUUACCUCCCCACUCAUGCGGACCCCACUGAGGCUCAUGGACUAACCGGAGCUCUGUGUGCUGCUGCUGGACUGUUUCUGACUCGACCAUGGCUGCUAAAGAGGACCUCUACAGCAAAAUCCUGCCCCGGAGGCUCCGGCAGAACCGACCGGGAUCGAUGAAAUGCGGAUCCAGCCUGGACGUGCUGCUAUCCAUGGGCUUCCCCAGACCAAGGGCGCUCAAAGCUCUGGUGUCAACUGGAGGUCGGAGUGUGCAAGCAGCAUGUGACUGGCUGUUUUCCCACGUGGACGACCCGUUCCUGGACGACCCUCUGCCCAGAGAGUUUGUCCUCUACCUGCGACCCAGCGGACCCCUACAGAACCAGCUCUCACACUUCUGGCAGCAGAGCAGAGUCACCUGUGGCAAAAACAAAGCCCACAACAUUUUCCCCCAUAUCACUCUCUGCCAGUUCUUUAUGUGUGCAGACCACAAAGUAGAAGCUCUGUGUGAGGCCCUCCAGGCCACCGUACAGCAGUGGCGGGGUCGCUUUCCCACCCCGCUGCCUCUAGAGCUCUACACGUCUUCCAACUUCAUCGGUCUCUUCGUGGAGGAGCAGGUGGCCGACGUCCUCAAGCAGUUUGCAGCUGACUUUGCUACAGAGGCUGCCAGGAAAGCAGAAGUCCAUGUGGAGCCUCACAAGAAGCAGCUCCACGUAACUCUGGCCUACAACUUCCCCACCGAUCACCUCCCAUCACUGGAGAAACUGGCUAAGGGCAUCGAAGUCAAGCUGGGCUGUGAUUGGUUGGCUGUUCUCUUCUCCCGGGACAUUCGUUUCGCUAGCCAUGAGACCCUGAGGGUGAUGUAUCCCUACAUGCCACAGAACGAGGACGAGCUGGAGCUGGUCCCUGGGGAUUUUGUCUUCAUGUCUCCGGUAGAUCAGAGUAGCACCAGUGAGGGCUGGGUGUACGGGACCUCGCUGGCCACCGGGCUGUCCGGCCUGCUGCCUGAGAACUAUGUCAGCCUGGCCGAUGAAUCCGACACCUGGGUCUUCCAUGGCUCCCACUCAUUCUUCAGCUGUGGGCCCAGUGAUAAAACCAGUAAAGACAGAGGGAUGUUUGAUGGCCUGCUGGACAGCCGUCGCCCUGACAACACAAGUCCUGGAGACACUCCCACCCUCAGCCUCAUCUGCCACCCAAUGCAGCAGGUCCUGCGGAUCAGCGGUGGCCACUCUCGGCAGCCCAAGCGAACACUUUUUGUCUGCCGGCACGGUGAGAGGAUGGAUGUGGUCUUUGGCAAACACUGGCUCUCCCUCUGCUCAGACAGUAAAGGCAGAUACGUACGCUCCAACCUGAACAUGCCUCCCAGCCUGCCUCUGUGGGGCGGACAGAGAGACUACGACAUGGAUGCUCCUAUCACUGUGUUUGGAUCCACACAGGCUCGACUAGUAGGUGAAGCCCUGUUAGAGAGCAACACAGUGAUAGACUUCGUGUACUGCUCUCCUUCUCUGCGAUGUGUUCAGACCGCACAGAACAUCCUGAAAGGCCUGCAGCAGGACGGUAAGCUGAAGGUGCGGGUGGAGCCGGGGCUUUUCGAAUGGACCAAGUGGGUUUCUGGGAACUCUCUGCCUGCAUGGAUUCCUCCCACUGACCUGGCUGCUGCCCACUUCAGUGUGGACACCACUUACAGACCUCUGAUCCCAGUCAGUAAGCUCACUGUGUCUGAGUCCUACGAGAACUACAUGAGCCGGAGCUACCAAGUGACCAAAGAUAUCCUGUCAGACUGCAAAAACACUGGAAACAACGUGCUGAUUGUAGCCCACGCUUCUUCCUUAGAGGCCUGCACACGCCAGCUGCAGGGCCGCAGCCCACAGAGCGCCAAGGACUUCAUCCAAGUUGUCCGAAAGAUUCCCUACCUGGGCUUCUGUUGCAGUGAGGAGCAGGGAGACACGGGGGUGUGGCAGCUAGUGGACCCUCCCAUCCUCCCCCUCACACAUGGACCAAACCACACCUUCGACUGGAGGGAGACACUCCUACAAGAAUGACACCGUCUGAGCGCUUCAGCCUGACCAUGCUGUGUCCCCGCAGACGGCAGCGACAUGUUUCGGACCGCUCCUCCUUCUCCCUUCAAAAAGAAAAAAAAAUAUUGGGACUUUCCUCUUUUCAGCCUCAUUAGCAGCUGGUGGUUUUUCAGAGGCGACUGAAGCUUCCUGCCUAAAGAUGAGGAGCUGAGCCCCAGCCAGGGAACGGUGAGGUGAACUGACUGCAUCCCUCUGUGAGCAGUUCAGCGAUGACUAACAAAUGUCCACACUCAAAUGUCCUCAUGUUACUACUAUUUGCAAGCAGAUGUUAGUUUGGCUGGGUCCUCAGUGUUCAGCUGGAUUGUGCUUAGAGGGUGUCAGUCUCAGGAAAUAUUGUGAAAUUAGCAUUAAGAUUCUAAGACAAAUAUUUAAUGUUUUACAUACACCAUGAGAGAGGUGAUCAAAAAGUUCUAAGACUGCCCAUAAAAAUCAGAAACUGUACCUGAUUUAGGGCUGCACAGGUGCUUAGUGGUUGUCACUGUCGCCUUGCAGCUAGAAGAUCCCUGGUUCACGACCCAGACUGGGAUCUUUCUGCAUGGAGUUUGUACAUGUGUGGGUUUCCUCCAGGUUCUCCAGCUUCCUCCCACAGUCCAAAAACACGCUGAGGUUAAUUGGUGAUUCUAAACUGUCUGUAGGUGUGAGUGUGAUUGUUUGUCUCUGUAUGUAGUCCUGUGACAGACUGUUACCUGUCCAGGUGUCUCCUGUCUUCACCAUAAGUCAGCUGGGACAGACUCCAGCCCCCAGAGACCCUAAUGAGGAUUAAGCGGUGUACAGAUGAUUUAGCUUUGGCUGCCAUCCUCAUCAGUAGAGUGUCCCUGUGCUGUCACACCACUAACAGCACUCCUGCAUCACCUCUAACACUCCAUACAAGUCCAACACCAACUCUGAUGACUGCUGAAUCUCUUAAAAUGUGUUAAAACAGCAGCUUUUCAACUUUCAGAAUUUCAUUUUGGGGAAGACAAAUAGGUCACAGGGAGCCAGAUCUGUUAGUCAGUGUGACUGUGGCUGAAUAAACCACACUGUGACUGGUCACCCUGGACCUCUACACGUCCUCACACCACAGUUUAGGUCAUUUGUGCUGAAUGGUUUCCUUCAGGACCUCAGACCUAUGUGUGUCUGACUCGGGGAUAAAUUCCUGGCAUGCAACCGCAUGAACCAAGAAAACAAUGAGCAUGCUCUAGUUGCACUGCUGAGUACUGUUGUUUCUUCUAUCAGCACCAGUACUGAUCCUUCACAUGAAGACUGGACCAUCCAGCCGCUGACAGAACCAGAUGUUUGUUCUCUGAUCCACUUUACAUCCAUGAAUAAACAAUAUAUGCUACUGUGUAUCACAGGUGCUACAUGUUGCAUGUGCACCACAAACAGUCCCUGAACUUUUUGAUCACCACACUCAGUGUAAAACACGGCCCAGCUGUGUUCUGGCUUCCAACACACACUACCGUUCAAAAGUGUGGGGUCACUUAAAAAUGUCCUGAUUUUUUUCAAAAAGAGCUUUUUUCAAUGAAGACAACAUUAAAUGAAUGAUAAAUCCAGUGUAGACAUUGUUAAGGUGGUAGUCUACCCUCAUUUAUUGAACAACUUAUUUUGUUAUAAUUUCUAAACAAU